CGACGGCGCGGUAAGCAGAACAGGAGCGGCUCGCUGCUUCCCGCGCCGUCGGCGGGGCCGCGGGGCACCCGCUACCGCGCAGGCCGGGCCCCGGAGCGUGCGGCGUAGUGCGCCUGCGCGGGAGGCGCGGCCGCAUGCGCAGUUGGAUGCGGCGGGAUCUUUUUCGCGCCGCGUUUUUUGGAGUGAGGGGUGUUAGCGCGACUAUUUGCACUGGCGCAUGCGCACUGGGAGGGCUGGGUGGUGGAGGGCGGGGCCGUUCCCGCCCCCUGCGUAUGGUGGCCGAGUGGUGCCAGCGCGGUGAGCCCGCGGCUCUUUGUCAGGCGGGAGGAGCCCGUUGGGGAGCGGCGCUGCAGGCGGCGAGGGACCCAGGGUAAGGAGGCGGUUUAUCCCAUUCGAGUAAAAUGGGAUCGAAACAGAUUGCGCAAGAAACGUUUGAUGAUGCAGUGCAAGAAAACAUUACAGAAUUUGAAAUGGAUCCAGAAGAAGCUGUGAGAGAAGCUGUGCAGCAGUUUGAGUCCCAAGGUGUUGAUCUAAGCAAUAUUGUGAAAGCUGUGCGACAGCCUGCCUCUGAAAACGGUCAAAAGCAAAAGCAUGAAAUUUUGCUGACUUUAGAUUCCCUUGGGAGAGCUGUUGCUGACUCUGAUCUCGCUGAGAUGGCCGAGCAGCUAGUGGUCUUCACUGAUCAGUGCAAAGAACAGCUGGCUUUCCGCUACCUGGCUGGGCAGAAUGGUGCCUAUUCUGUGGUGUUCUCUGCCUGCCAGUUGGCUUCAGGAGACAGAAAUUUAAUGCUGAAAGCCUUUUACACUCUGUCUGCCAUCUUGGAUGGGCAGCCAGACCUACUUGACUCUGCUGGCCAGGAUCUGCUGUUACAAACUCUGCAAGAAUAUAGGGAGGAUGCAGAAAUGACACUGGCUGGGAUCCGAUGCAUUCGGCAUGCCUGUCUGAAACACGAGCAGAACCGUCAGGACUUCGUGAAAGGUGGAGUUCUGCCACUUCUGACUGGAGCUAUAGUCCAGCACGGAGACAGUGCUGAUGUUGUCCGAACAGCCUCCUCGGCACUCAGGAUCAUGACGUUUGAUGAUGACAUCCGUGUGCCCUUUGGUCAUGCUCAUGAUCAUGCUAAAAUGAUAGUGCUGGAAAAUGAUGGGUUAAGAGUCCUCAUUGAAGCUGCAAAAGCAUUCACAGAUAACUCCAGUGUUCUCAGUGAACUGUGUGCCACCCUUUCUCGCCUUUCUGUCAGGAAUGAAUUCUGUCAAGAAAUUGUGGACCUUGGCGGCUUAAAUUUUAUGGUGGCUCUGCUGGCUGACUGCAUCGACCACCCGGAUGUGGUGAAGCAGGUGCUGAGUGCCAUCCGAGCAGUUGCUGGUAAUGAUGAUGUGAAAGAUGCCAUUGUUAACGCUGGGGGAACCGACCUCAUUGUGCUUGCUAUAAGCCAUCACCUUGCCAACGCUCAGAUCUGUGAGCAGGGUUGUGCAGCCUUGUGCAUGUUGGCUUUGCGCAAACCUGAGAACUGUAAUGUCAUCAUGGAAGGUGGAGGGGCGUUGGCAGCUCUUCAGGCUAUGAAAGCACACCCACGGGAAGUGGCUGUACAGAAACAGGCUUGCAUGCUGAUCCGCAACCUGGUCUCCCGGAGCCGGGACUUUUCUCAGCCCAUCUUAGAGAUGGGAGCUGAGAACCUAAUCACAGAAGCUCGUGCAGCACACAAGGACUGCGAUGAUGUGGCCAAAGCUGCGCUGAGGGAUCUUGGCUGUAAAGUGGAGCUCCGAGAGCUGUGGACAGGUCAGAAGGGAAGCCUAGCUCAGUGAAUCGUCACUCCACUGAGCAGUGGAGCUUCAACACAUCUAUGUAUGUGAAGUCUAAGGGGGGAAACCAAGUGGCAUGAAUUAAUUUGCAGUUACAUUGAACUGAAAUAUCUGAAGCAAAUGCCUGGCUUGUGAGGCUGCAGUGAACUUUGUAUUGGGAGCUACAGCUGAAAUGGCUUUAUGCAUUCGCAGGCUGCAAAUCAACUCUGUGUAGUAACAUUCCCCGAAUCAUCUAAUGCCUGAAGAUGAUUUGCUUCCCCCUGUUGUUAUGUAUGUUCCCCAUGUACAGAACGGGGUCGUUCCCACGUGCUCUGCUCUAUACAGUAAGAGCAAAAGUGGCUCUUUUCUGAUAGGAGUUUGGUAUGUACUGUGGCAGCUGGUUCAGAUUUGUUCCUCUGCUCUCUGCCAACGGAGGCUAGCAGUCUGGUCUGGUAACAGGAUGGAUGAGGAGGAAUCCCAUCGCUUAUGAAUGUGUUCUGUCCUCUUGUACUGUUCUACUAACUGUCAUUUACUGCUGACCAUA